CUCGCCUGUGGACCUCCAGGACGCCGGCAGCCAUGAGCCUCUUCCUGCUGCUCACCGCCGCGCUGACGACCAGCUACUUCUCUCCUCGGCGAGCGGCGGACGCACAAAUGUUCAUGAUACGAGACGUCACCCUCUCCAUCGAGCCCGGCGGCGACGUGACCCGCGACACCAACGUGACGCUGCGGUGCCGCGCCGCCGUCAGCAGCUCCGGGCCGGAGGUGCUGACCCGAGAGUACACGAUCUACAAAGACGGCACCGCCAUCUACACCAAGACGUCCCGCGGCGCCGAGGACCUCCUGUACCGGCUGGACGAGGCCCGGGUCGCCAACACCGGCAGGUACGCCUGCAAGGUCGCCAUCGAGGGGAGGCCGGCGACCAGCGGCACCAAGAAGCUCACGGUGACGGGCCUCUCGGAGCCGGUGCUCCGCCUCAACAAGGGCGUGGUGAGCGAAGGGGAGGAGCUCACGGCCACGUGCACGGCGCCCGGCGAGGCGGGCUCCAUCUUCUUCUACUUCUACGAGGACGGAGCGGAGAUCCGGGAGCAGCAGGUGGGCUCGGACCGCGCCGAGGUCACGCUGCGCCUGGGCGGCGUCGGCGUCCGCCGGCUCCACUGCGCCUACACCGUCCUCGUCUCGCCGCACGCCUUCAAGUCCACGGAGAGCAACGGCGUCACCGUGUCGGUGAAGGAGCUUCCCAUCGCGGUGGUUCUGGAGAUCUUGCCUCGGACCCCCAAGAUCUACGAAGGAGACGAGCUCUUCGUCUCGUGCAGCGUCCAAAACGCCCUGCACGCCUUCGACAGCGUGCACCUGUACCUGAGCCAGGGCGACAAGCUGCUCAGCAGGGGGCACGCCAGGGUCAACCACAGCGGCGUGGCGCUGGCCGAGGAGCCGGCGGACUUCGAGUGCCGGCUGGAGACGGGAGACGUGGUGAAGUUGGACAAGAAGACGAUCUCAGUGACCGAGCUGUUCUCGGCGCCGACUCUCUCCAUGAGCCCCGCGGAGGUCUUCCAGAAGGAGCAGGUGAGGCUGACCUGUCGGAGCGAGAGCUCCGCCCCCGAGAGGCUCGACGGGGAGGAGCUGGUUUACACUCUGGAUCCGCCCGGAGGCCCGUUGGCCCCCAGGGGCCCCGGCGUGUUCUCCGGCUACGCCCUGCCGUACGACUUCAACUACACGUGUGCCGCCCGGGUCAAAGGCAUCGUGAAGCACAGCGCGGCGCUGAGCGUGCGGCCCAAAGUUUCUGUCUCCACGCCAAAGAUCUCCAUGGUGGGCCGGGCGGUCCUGGGCCGGCCCUUCCAGAUCCUGUGCCGGUCGGACGUGGGCAGCCUGCCGGUGAACUACACCCUGCUGACGGGGUACGACCCCCUGAGCACCGUCACCGUGGAGCGGCCCCCCCGACAGGCCCUCUUCACCGCCACCGUCCACAAGCCCGAGGACAUCGGCAAGUUCAUGUGCGAGGCCCAGAACCGUCAACGGGAGGCGCCGCUCAGCAAGAGGCUCAACGCCACCGUCAUAGUGCCCCUGACGCACCCCCUCCUCACCGUCAUCCCCCACCUGGCGGACAUCUCUGAGGGAGACGACCUGUACCUCAUAUGUGGCGUUCGAGGCUCGCCGCCCGUCAGCUUCAAGUGGUACCGCGUGGGCGAGCGGCAGCCGCUGUACACGACCACGUCCGGCCAGAACCACACGGACUACCGGCUGCCCGGGCUCUCCAGGGGCCACAGCGGCGUGUACUACUGCGAGGCCGUCAACCACGCCGACAACGUGGUGCGCAGCGACUCCGUCACCAUCGAGGUGCGCCUGGCCCUGUGGAAGAAGGCGCUGGCCGGUGGCUUCAGCCUGCUGGCGCUGUGUGUGCUGCUGGUUGUGUGUGUGCUGUGCUUCAGAUCCAAGAGAGGUAACAGAGAAGCAGCUGCUGAGUUGUCAGUAAAACCUUCACGCCCUAAAUCAGACGACUCGUUAACAGAGAGUCUCACCCCCGACACAGAGGUGUAUUACACAGUGAGGGUGGACGGAGCGGCGGUCAGCGUGUGGAGCGAGCGACCGCCCGAAGCAGCCCGUGACGAGGAGAGCAGCGUGGUGUCCAACGAGCCCGACGUGGAGUACACCGAGGUGGUGCACCCCCGCCCCGUCGACCCCAACAGAGCAGGCCUCCUGAGGAAAGGCCCGGACACGGUGUACAGCGAGCUGCAGAGCGCUCCACAUGGUGCGGCCGACCAUCUCGACUACGGUUCAGUCGAGUACGCCGAGCUCAGCCGAGAACAAGCUGAGGUCAACCACCAGCGUCCGGAGGUCAACCACCAGCGUCCAGAGGUCAACCACCACCAUCCGGAGGUCAACCACAACCGUCUAGAGGUCAACCACCACCGUCCAGAGGUCAACCACCACCGUCCAGAGGUCAACCACCACCAUCCGGAGGUCAACCACAACCGUCCAGAGGUCAACCACAACCGUCCAGAGGUCAACCACCACCGUCCAGAGGUCAACCACCACCAUCCGGAGGUCAACCACAACCGUCCAGAGGUCAACCACCACCGUCCGGAGGUCAACCACCACCGUCCGGAGGUCAACCACACCCGUCCAGAGGUCAACCACCACCAGGACCUGCCGGUGCCGGUGGACUAGUGGAUCAUCUCCUCUCUUAUCCACCUUGUUUCCCCUCCACCUUUUAGUAAAUACAAUCUGUGAAAUAAUUGACUGCUAAAUUAGCGUUAAACAUUGUUGUGUAUCAAUAAAAGCAAAGAAUCUUCA